UCCGAGCGUAGCGGUGCUGCAAUGAAUACUCUGGACAAUGAUCCUGCCAUCGGCGGCGGUGGCUUCGACGGCGAAAAAGCUGGCGAUGAUAAACUCGAGGAAUUUUCUGACGACUUCAAAUGUUGCGUUUGCUUAUUAGGUUUUUUAUUCUUUAAUUUUAAUUAAUGCACGUAAUUCUGCGUCUUUUGCGACCUGUCGAUAUAGAUGAGUGAUCAGUGCGUGGACUAUUUGUUGCAGAUUUCGGUUAAUUAGGUUAGUGAAGCUGAGAUUAAUUUAUUAAGAUGCACUCCAUCCCUUCCAGAAAUCGGAACCAGCAAUUUCGAGGUUCAUAAUCAAUGGAUCUCAUCUACAAGCCAGUUGUUUUGGCAUGUGGCCAUAUUUCAUGUUUUUGGUGUGUCUUUGAAGCAAUGGACACGUGGCAGGAAUCUAGUUGCCCUGUUUGUCGCCAUUCAUAUAACCAUUUUCCUAGCAUAUGUUGGCUCCUUCACUCUGUGUUGCUGAAAUUGUAUCCUAAAGACUAUCAAAUUAGGGAAACUCAAGUGAAAGAGGAUGAAAAGACACGUGGAACCUUCUCACCACAGUUUGAAAACUACUUAACAGUAUCAAAUAAUAAUAAACAAGGUGAAGAUUGUUCAGUUGAAGAAUCAUUGGAACCUGAUAAAUGUACAAAGGGGACUCCUACAACUUCAAGUGAUGAAAUCUCAAAAAAUGUAGCUGUUAAUGAUUUACUUUGUGGAAUAUGUAAAGAACUUCUCUAUCGACCUGUGGUUCUUAAUUGUGGACAUGUUUUUUGUGAAACGUGUAUUGUUGAUUCAUCCAACAAGCCAUGUCGAUGCCCAGUGUGUCAAAGCAUGCAUCCAAAUGGAUUCCCAAAAGUCUGUUUGGUUCUAGAAGGUUUCUUGGAACAGAAUCUUCCGGAAGAAUAUUCCGCAAGAAAAGCGGCUAUUAACAACCUCAAACAAGGAGGCUCAUCAACAGGGUCAACACAAGUUCCACAAGGUGGUCAAUGCUCAUCUGUCUCUAUGAGUGAUUAUUUGUGCAAACCAGGGUUGAAGGUUCACUUUGGAGUUGGUUGUGACUUUUGUGGGAUGUACCCGCUUGUUGGAGAUCGGUAUAAAUGUGAAGAUUGCUUAGAGGAUAUUGGUUUUGACUUAUGUGAAGAUUGCUACAAAAAUUCAUCUAAUCUUUCCGGAAGGUUUAAUCAACAACAUAAACCAGAUCAUAAGUUUAAGGUUGUUGAACCUAAUCCUAUAAUAAUUCUAUCUUCUGAGUUUCCGGAAGAUCACACACACGAUGAUCAAGACAACCAAACCGAUCGUGACUCGUCUGAUGAAUCCCAUCAAGAUCCGGAAAGUGAUGUGGCGGCUCAUGGUCCCACAUUGUAACAUUUUAAUGAAAGCUUAUGUAGCAUGAUUUACUAAUCAUGAUUUGUUGAAAUGCUGGAAGCCAAGGAUUGAUCGCUUUUUUUUUCUUUUUUUUUUUUAAAGCUUAUUUUUCGAGUAACCCUUUAAUCUACACUCUGGCCUACUACAUAUAAGACCUUGCUGAUGUAAAAGACAGGUGUCCACAAAUAUACAUUAGUUAUGUCCUUUAUGAGAUGUGUUGGUGCAAAACCAUGAUUCUUA